GAUAAUGUUGAACUGACAAUUGAGUCCUCAGUUGGAGUCGUGACGGCAAAUAAAGAUGACCUGCCAUGUGAUUUUUGUGAACAACUUAUUAUUCACCUGAGAGAUGUGUUAAUUGCUAACACAACUGAAGCUGAAUUUAAAAUGGUUCUUCGUGGACUCUGCAAACAGACGGGACCUUUUGCUGAGGAAUGUCUCACAAUUGUUGACGAAUAUUACGGAGCAAUUUACAACUUUCUUGUAGAAAGUUUGGUUCCAAAAGACGUGUGCAGUGUUAUGGGAUUAUGCCCUAAGCCUGAAAAUGCAGGAAAGGGACCACUCUGGCCACUUCUUCCAUUUAAAACAGCUCAAAAAUUACAAUACGCUUCUGCGGAUGAUGAACCAGUUAUAGUGCCACUUACUCCUUUACAAUCAGCUCAGCCCAUCAUUGGACAAGAUGAAGCAAACAGUUACAAACAACUCCAUCGUGUUCCUUUGGAAAAGAAUGAUGUGAAAGUAUCUCAUCUAGAAGUGAAUCAGCUGCCUAUUGAUAGGAUGGUGCUUCAAACAGCAAACACAGUUCAAAACCGUCAGCUCUGUGAAUUCUGUGAAUUAUUUUUACAUUAUUUGCAACAGGUUCUGACAACACCUUCCACUGAGGCCCAAAUUGAGCGUGCUGUUAAGAAAGCAUGUUCCGAGCUACCAAAAGAAUUUGAAGAUCAGUGCAGAGACUUUGUGCAGAAUUAUGGUGAUGCUGCAAUCGCUCUCCUUGCACAGGAGAUUGACCCAUCUCAGGUGUGCCCAAGAUUAGGAAUAUGCCCUUCAGAGAAGGCAUUAAUUGAUCUUUCAAAUGUUGUAUAUGACAAGCCUUCCUGUCCAUUGUGUCUUCUUGCUGUGCAGGAUCUCCAGAACACACUGAAAAAUAACAAGACUGAGGCAAGCAUUAAGCGUGCUUUGGAUGGUUUGUGCACUAAACUUGCCAAGUCAUUGGCUGCAGAGUGUGAAAAAUUUGUUGAAGAGUAUUCUGAUCAAUUGGUGGAUAUGUUAGUGGCUGAUUUUACACCACAGGAAGUUUGUGCUUAUUUGAAGCUGUGUGAUCCUUCACCAAAGCCAAUGAUUGAUACUUUGUCAAAUGAGAUUCCAUCAGCCAGUCAACAUCAUUUAAUGCCACAGGACAUAAUCCAUAGUGAAAUUCAAAAGUAUCGUGGUGAAGCUUGUGUGAUCUGUGAAUUUGUCCUAACGAAGAUACAAGAGCAAUUGAAGGAUAAGCCAACGGAGGAUGAGAUAAAGGCAAUAGUUCACGAUAUCUGUAACUAUAUGCCAAGAACAGUAGCAAAAGAAUGCAAUGAUUUUGUUAAUCAGUAUGCUGAUCUAGUAAUUACAUUGUUGUCAGAAACUAUGGAUCCUCAAGCAGUUUGCACUGCAAUUAAACUCUGCAGCUCAAAAAGUUUACUAAAAGACACAGUGACUGACUGUGCUGUAUGCGAUGCAGCUCUAGGUGAACUUGAGAAACUUACUGCGGGACCAUAUGCUCAACGGAAUGUUUCUGGAUUUAUAAAGAAAAUUUGUGAUUCAGUACCAGAAAACUACAUGGAAAAGUGCAACCAGUUAGUAAGAAUUUAUGGUCAAAGUAUUGUCAACCUGAGUGAACAGAACAAGGAGUUUCAUGAAAUUUGUGAAAUGAUUGGUAAAUGUCCAAGGGACAGACAAGUUACUCACCUGCUGGGUGGAGAAAGAUGCACAUGGGGCCCAAGCUACUGGUGCCAGUCAGAAGAGCACGCAACAGCGUGUGGGGCCAAGUUACAUUGCCAAGAAAAUGUGUGGAAUAGUGACACCCCUGUUACAAACUAGAGAUUCCUUUUAUGUGAUUAAAGGUUUAAAGUUUCCUAAUUAAAAGUUUUUAGUGAAUAACUAUGUUCAAUGAAUGUAAUAGAAGUAAAAUGACAAAUAAGACUUAAUUUUCCAGCCUGUGUAGUAACCAUGACAUAUUGUCAUGUUGUCACAUCUGUACCAUUUCCAGUCAUUUGUAAACUGUAAGAUGUUUUAAUAUUGUUGAUUUCUGUUGAAAUGUAAAAUUAACUCAAUAAAUUCAAACUUCCUAUUCUA